AUGCCUCUGGCCACGUUUCGUCGAGGUACCAAAUGCUGCAAACAAAUCGAGACACGAGUGCGCACUCUCGUGACGUUUGGCGCAUUGCUCCUCGCGUUCAGCGCGGUGAUUGGUGGAGUCCACGGCGACUUGUUUUCGAUGGCGCUCGCCUACAAAUGUGAAGCCAACAAGUGCCUCUACGCCAGCGACAUGAACAGCGCCGCGACGACGACGCAGUUGUUCGGGGACCCCGUGGACUGUGUCCGCAAGUGCCGGACGUCGAAUCUCCAGAACGUCGACAGAGGCAGCGACCUCUCGGACGUCGCGAGCAUGACAGUGGCUUCGUCCCGCAAUGGCACGUGUAUCAACUGCUCGCUCGUGGUCUCGUCGACGUACAAUUUCCCGCAGAUGCUCGAGACGUUCGACCUCACGCCCGCGUCCGUGGCGGCCUCGUCGUGCAACUUUACGAGUGAAAUUCGACUGGACACACCGACGCUGUGGCUGCUCGAAGGCACGACGUCGCGCUGUGCUGCCGGCACGAAGGAGACCGCGGUGGAGUGUACACGAGACAAUGGCAAUGCGACGAUCAUGACGCUGGACGCCGAGGCUUUGACGACGCUCAUGACGGUGCACAAUAGCUACGAGUUCAUUGUGGACCGCGUGACCACGAGACUUGGCCCUGGCACGUUCACUGAAGACACGACGCUCUCCAUGGUGUUUGAUGGCACGGGCUGUCUCGCCUCAGCUGGUGGCUCCACGGCUAUGCAACAGGCCUUUCGAGUGGACUUGACGUCGCGUUCGUACGAGCUCAUUGGCAUGUUUGCGAACACGGCAAUGUCCGCUGAGAACACGAUUAUUAUGAGCCCUACACCCGUGACACUGAGUGUCACGAGUGGUGCGGUGCUGAGUGCGGGUGCUUUCUUCCUAUUGCGCGUGGCGAGUGAUCGAGAAACCGAUUUUGGUGGCAUGAUUCGGAAUGUCUCGACAGCUUCGAUGGUGUUACCGAACUCGGAUAGUGUCGAAGCGGUUGGCUUAGACCUAUUCGUCGGUGCUUCCAACAUUUCGUUCACGAUUCCGGAUUCGUUCACUGGCAGUAUUCAGAAUGGUGAUACAGUCAACAUUACAUUUGAGACGUUUCUGAACCCGGCGAACAACUCUGUUGCGAUCGAUAAGGUGUAUCUAUCAGCAUAUCAAGGACUCGCGUCUGCUGUGGACAACACGCCGAUCACAUUCUACAUACUGGAUGAUGCCAGUCGGUCGCUGAAAGCAGCACCGCUGGACAUUGUCACCUUGGUAGUGUACAGCGCUUGCUUUUUGUUUUCGCUGGUGAUCAUCCGCUGGCACGGGUUGCCGUUGACGGUGAAUACGUUGUGGACCGACUUGGUGGCGAUUACAGCUCUGUUUUCGUUUGCAGCGGCGACUGGUGGAUACCUUGUCUGGGUGAUUCAACCAUCGAAAGCAUACGUGUACUGGUACACGGCGCAGUAUUUCUUUAAUACCGCAAUGAUUCUGUCGCUUUGCUUUCACUGGGCGACUGUGCUGUCGUUCAAGUGUUUCAAGAAACUCAGUUUUACAUCACCCGUCGUGCUGGCUUAUGUCUUGAUCAACGGCUGCGUGUUGGUCUUCAUUGUGAUGGUAUCUGUGGUAUCAGAAGAGAAGUUGGAGUGUGUGUACGAUGUGAAGUCGACGUCUUGUUCGUCUGAGGAGGAGUGUGCACUGUCAAUUGCUGCCGAGGGCAAGAUCAUUCGGUCUGCUAUCGAAGACUGUGACAUGGAGGCAUUUUACUUGGCGUUUGGCACGGGUUUCAUUGUUUACACGCUUAUGCUGAUGAUACUGGGCUGCAUGGUCAUGAGCCGUGGACGGACGCUCAUGUUAAACGAAGAUCCAUCUGAUGCACGGAUCCGCAAGUCGCUCACGAUAUUUUACGCUAUCAUCGCCACGACUUGCGUCCUUUACGUGUCGGCGCAGGUCAUCUACGUUGCGCAAUACGUUUCACACAAGGGCGAGGAUAACCAACUUUCGGACAUAGUAUGGUACAUCUUCAUCGUGUGGUUGCCACAUAGCCUUCCACCGCUACUUCUGCUCUUCUUGCAGUGGAAUCCGAGCACGGAAAACAUUCGGCACGACGACACACCUUCUGUCGACCAGUCAUCCAAAGAGGACGUGUUCAAUUGCACCCCGCGCUCAUCUGGAUCGUCAAGCCAUAUGCCAUACUCGAAAUUGUUGCGCGAUCGUUUAAGCAUGGGCGAUUCGAUGUUGAACAGUGAUGAGCCUGGCAGUCGAUUGCGUAUUAUCGUGCGGUUGAAGUUACCAGCUUCAUUCGAUCGUGCAUGCUUUGUGUCGCUCGAUUUCUACUCAUCAAAGGAGACGAUCACGUCCAGCAAUACGCUUCAUAGUAUUUACAGCGCUGCUGCAUGGAAAUGUGUGGGCACAACGGAACCGGUCGGUGUUGCAGGCGAAACGGAAUCUGUGUUGACGACAGGCUCCACGCACACUAUUUUCCCCUUCGUUGCCGUGUUGGAGGUGCCUGUGAUUGGUCCUGCUUCUAACACAUUGCUGCGCUUUAUGGUGCACGCGAGCACACUUGGCAAACGUGAGACGUCUUCGAAUUGUCUGGAUCGUUCCAGCUCUAGCACACGCAGUCAAGACACUGCUUCCAAUCCACAGCUGUCAUUUCAAAUGACGAUGUUCCAUCCUGUGCUAGAGUUUGUUACUUCGUCUCAGGCCGUGCUUGAUGCAGCAGCCAGUGGUCACUCGUUGAACAUCAACCCGUCGGACGAAAACACGUGCGCUAUAUUGGAGGAGUUCCCAUCGUUGCAGAGUGAAAUCAACAAAAUAUUGAAGGGCAACGCAAAGAAUGCGGAGCUGAGUGUGCAGACAGUCAUGAUGCCCGGCGAAAUAACCAGUCGCGAUGAUGCUGCAUCUCACAAGAAUAUUGGCAACAUCAUCCGGUUCUUCCAGUACGACACAGAAGAUGGAGGCGGUGGUCUUGUUGUGGAAGAUCUACAGGAAAGCAUUUACUCGAACGCAAUUCCGCGCCAGUUGAUGGAGCUGAUUGCAGCAGAGCGUCAGGAACAGGCCGAUCGUGCACGUGAAGACUUGCACAGCUUCCUUAAUCAGAAGAAGGGUAAGCAGAAUUUGGGUUUCUACGGUACACUGAUUGGUCAGAUCCAAGACGAUACAGACUCUUCGCUCGCUCGCGAGUGGCUUGAGGAACGUGUUCGACGACGCAAAGAAUAUGUGGCAAUGCUGCGCAGGAAUAUCCAGUACUUGGUGAAUCGCGACAAGCACAAGAGCUAUUUCAAGGCUAGUGUGGAGAAGAAGUCGUCUGACCUCCGGUUCGUUCCUAUUAACAUGCACAUCCAAGACUUACUCAUUGGGCCGACGACUGCAUUCAUUAACGAUGAAAGGAGACGGUCUUCGAAGGAAGUAUCUGCAUAUGAUUUCACAACCGUCGGCGCACCCGCAGCUCACGUGUACAAGUUCAACAAGGGUGGCAUACUUUCGUAUCAGAACAGACGCAAGAAGAUGGAGGCCAAAAUUGCAGAUGCUGAUCUAGACCUAUCCAAGUGGCCCGAAGAAGCGCGCGAAUAUGACGAUCUCAAAUGGGAUCUGCAGCUUCGGAUGGACUGCGCGUUUGCCCAAGCUUUGGCUGCCCUUACAUGCAGCUUUGUGCGGAAGGUGGAAGUUGCGAUCCAGAACCCGGAUGUUGUUCGAGGUGAAGAUAUGCUGCGUCAGUUUUCCAACCUGGGUUUUCUUUUUCAAGUGGAGUCGUUGUUGUCUACCCAUGGCAAAGAGAUCGGCAUGCUGGAAGAUAUGGCCGGUUCUGUGGAUCACUUAAGUUGUGUGGCGUUUGUGAUCCAAGAUGUUCGGGACAAACCUAUGAACCGUUUCUCGUUCCGCAUGUCACGGCGCAAAGACGUUGCUGAUGAGGCUGGUGUUGUGAAAGUUACGGUUUCGAACAAGUCAGGGGCAAAGCGGUCUCAUGUUAAGUAUAUUGUGACGGUCCAGGUUGCCACCAGCGAAGUGGAAUUGCCCGAGCGCCUGGCUAGCGGCGGCGAGAUCCAGGUGACACCAGUGCUGUUUUCACAGGGCAUCAAUGAAAUGCAAACAAUCGCGAACAACACAGAGCGUGCGAAGACGGAGCUGCAGGACAUCAUCAAUUUCCGCAGUCUGAAACCUUUGAAGACUUUUUGUGAGAAGUACCGUCGUCUUGUGGUAUCCAUGCCACUUAACGGCCUUAGUGGCUUGUCAACUUCUGGUCGUAGUCGCGCUGGAUCGCAUCGUUACAAAGCCACGUCUGUUGAUUCGACGAUUGCGUCAUCGUUGCGCCUUACGCCAGACGAGGUAACGCAAGAACUACGUGCACUUGAGAUGUCUAUCAAUGAUGCGGCACAAAGUCUGGUCAAGACGAAACGUACGGAGAUUCUGAAGCGCUCGUCUGACCUGUGUCGGGAGCUUGGUGGUGGUCGCGUCACGGUUUGCAAGAGUGCCAAGGACCGCACAGCCAUGUCGGUAACAUUGGAGCAGGUGCGUAUUCUGCAGCGUCAUCAUGACCUGCCUGCACAUCGCGUACCUGCAACCGUUUCCGUUAUGCGCAGUCACGGUGUACGUAUCGAAAAUGCACUGAAGAAUACGGGCAAGCGCCAGUUUGCUUUCAACAAGCUGCAGCGCUCGCUAUUGCCUGAGGAUUAUCGUUGUCCCGACCAGGUGGGUGGCACAGGCAAUGUCAGUUGA